GCUCAGGUUUUGAAUAACGGCCAGUUCUCAAUUCAGCUUUGCCAGUUCACUGCAAGCGUAGUUAUCGAAGCCAACGGCUGCGAUUGGUGGCCAAUACGCCGUUCGGAGACUGAGAUAGUUACGCCCUCUGGUCCGGCGACGAGAGUGACGGACGUCGGAACUCUCAGGCCUGACUCUGGUUUGACUUGCCGGAAAGCUGCUUCAAAGGUUGGAAUUUCUCGCGUCUUAAUUGGCGUGAAUCACGAGGCUGAUUGUAUUCGGCGGCAGCUUAGAACGAUGAGUAGCUUAGGAGUUUGUAACUUCAAAGGCUUCAAGUUUGACGUGGUUGGACAAAGGGAUGGCAAUUUCAGCCGGAAAACUUGCAUUAACAAAUGGGUCAGAAUGAGGCCUCUACAGUAUGCCCCUCUACCUAUCUCAUCCAAACCAAAGAAGGGGUUGAGAAUAAGCAACAAAUUGUCUAUUGAAACAGAUUCUGGUUUAAAUGCAGUAGAUGGCUCUGAAGAAUCAAAGUCAUUAAUUAAGAGAAGCUACCAAAUUCCCAAUUUAUCUGAGAUUAAAUCUCUGGUCUCUGAAAUUUGUGACACAAAUUCGAUUGCAGAAGUUGAGUUAAAACUUGGCACACUUCAUCUGCAUGUGACCAGAGACUUGACUGAGAAGGCUGAACCUUCUGUUCCUCAAACAACUGUAGCUUCACCUGCUGCUGUCAAUGUUGGUGCAACUAUUGAGGCAGGUAGUUCUAAUGGAUCUGUUCCCAGUACAGCACUAGUUGUCUCCAAAGAAGCCUCCCCAUCUCCAGAAGGAAUUAAGCCAUUUCUGGAUAGAGCUGCUGACGAAGGCAUAGUGAUUCUACCGUCCCCAAGGGUGGGUGUGUUCCAAAGAUCUCGAACUAUAAAGGGAAAACGCACUCCUCCUGCAUGUAAAGAGAAGCAAAUCGUGAAGGAGGGACAAGUGCUUUGCUACGUACAGCAACUAGGGGGUGAAGUUCCAGUUGAGUCUGAUGUGUCCGGAGAGGUAAUCAGAAUACUGCGGAAGGAAGGAGAAGCUGUUGGAUAUGGCGAUCCACUGAUAGCGAUUCUUCCGUCAUUUCCUGGGAUCAAGAAACUUCAGUAGAGUAAUGUGUUGAACUGUUCCAAUACGAUUCAUUUUUUUAUUGAAGCCUUGAAUUGGCCAGUUCGGUUUUGUCAGCUCCAUGAUACCACAAUGGUGGUGGUUUGAAGGCAUAGAAUUUUCACUUUGUUUUUGGUUCGGACUUCGGAGACUCUGAAACGAAACUGAUGGCACAGUUAGUUGUGUACAUUCUCUCUGGCAACCUAUUGGUUGUACAUUGCCUUUCUUGUUAUUAUACUUGUGCAUAUUUGCUACAUUUCCUUUAUAGUUUGAUCUGUUGGAUAUUUUCCGCCUUCCAGCGAUUUUGAAGCUAUAUUGUUGGGGUUUGCAGCAAAUUUAGCUAAAUCACCUUGUUAGCUACAAUUUGAGUAUAACCCGGUAGGCUUUACGAUGUUUUACUGACGUAUUUCUGUUUCAUG